UGAUGAUGAUGAAGCUGUUAAGAUUAUUAUCAAAUGCGGCAUUGGUUGUUGAUUUUUUUUUUUUUUUUGUUGAUCAAGUUUAUCAUCGUUGUAGCUUUUUAGUACCAAAAUGAAUACGUUUAACAAAGAGGAUGCUAAAAUGGUCACCCUACAGACACAAGUGGAUACUUCACAUGAAGAUAUGAUUCAUGAUGCACAGAUGGAUUAUUAUGGCACGCGAUUGGCCACAUGUUCAUCGGAUAAAAAUGUCAAAAUAUUUGAAAUAUCCAAUAGUCAACAUAAACUAUUGGCCAAAUUAAGCGGACAUGAAGGUCCCGUAUGGCAAUUGGCUUGGGCUCAUCCAACAUUUGAAAAUUUACUUGCUUCAUGUUCUUAUGAUAAAAAAGUCAUCAUUUGGAAGGAGACUUCAACGAAUCAGUGGGAAAAGUUAUACGAAUCAAAUAAUCAUGAUUCAAGCGUUAAUUCUGUUUGUUGGGCGCCUCAUGAACUUGGAUUGAUAUUGGCUGCCGGAUCUUCGGAUGGUUCAAUAUCGGUUCUUAGCUGCAACAUUGACAGCAAUGUUUGGGAUGUGAAAAAAAUUCAAAACGCUCAUUCAAUUGGGUGCAAUUCCGUAAGUUGGGGACCAGUUUUUCCGCCUACAAAUUUUUCCUAUACACCACAAAAACGUAUAGUCAGUGGUGGUUGCGAUAAUUUGGUUAAAAUAUGGCUAUAUAGUGAAUCGGAAGAUAAAUGGAUCGAAGAACAAAAAUUGGAAGCACAUUCAGAUUGGGUUCGUGAUGUUGCCUGGGCUCCAUCCACCGGUUUACCGAAAACAUUAAUUGCUAGUUGUUCUCAGGAUCGUCGUGUAAUUAUAUGGACAAAAUCAUUAGCUACAGCCAAUCAAGAAUCAUCAAGUUCUGGCUGGUCAUAUAACAUAUUGAAUACAUUCGAUGAUGUUGUAUGGCAUGUAUCAUGGUCUAUCAUGGGUAACAUUCUGGCCGUUUCAGGAGGCGAUAAUAAAGUUAGCCUAUGGAAAGAGACACCGGAUGGCAGAUGGAUAUGUAUUAGUGGUCUAUCACAAACAAACAAAUGAUUUUUCAAUUUUUUUUUUGUAUUUUGUGUUCACGAUUUCAUUUAUUGAAUAUUUUUUACAUUAAUAUUCGAAUUACAGAAAAAAAAAUUAAUAAACAAACUAAAAGUUAC